GGCGCGGCGGGCAGGGCGGGAGGGAGAGGCAGCGAUGGCGCCGUUUGUCGCCCCGUCGCUGCCCCCUCCGCCCGCCACCGUCAUGGCGACCGAGGAGGGGCCGUCGCGUGCGCGGGGAGGGCGGCGGGGGGAGGAGCCGGCCCGCGCCACGUGACCGCAGGGGCCGCGCCGGGGCCCGUCCGCCCGUCACGUGAGGCGGGCGUUGUUCCCCGCCCUCCCGGCGCCUAUGCGGCCUGUUCCGGUCACGUGCCCAGCGCUGCCCGCCCCAUGGCCCCAGCGGCGGCGGCGGCGCGACCCCCGUAGCGCCCGCUCCAGCGCCGGCCCCCUCGCGGCCGCCGGCACCCGCCACCUCCCGCACGGUUUAAUUCCUUUGCAUUCCAUGGCUUUGUCUCUACUGAAUUGGACAAUCAUGACCUUAAAGGACUGAAAGUAAUAAAGAGAGAAAAAAGUCAAAAUCCCUAGUCAUGCAUAUGUUGAGGUUUCUACUUGAUUCAAGUCUGUGGCCAGCUGCCUGUAAAGAUAAGCUUCUUAUAGCCACAAUGGCAACAUCAUCUGAAGAAGUGUUACUGAUUGUAAAGAAGGUACGUCAGAAGAAGCAGGAUGGAGCUCUUUACCUGAUGGCUGAAAGAAUAGCAUGGGCACCUGAAGGCAAAGACCGAUUCACAGUCAGCCAUAUGUAUGCAGACAUAAAAUGCCAGAAAAUCAGUCCAGAAGGGAAAGCUAAAAUUCAGCUUCAGCUAGUGCUGCAUGCAGGGGACACAACCAACUUUCACUUCUCCAAUGAAAGCACAGCAGUGAAGGAGCGAGAUGCAGUAAAGGAUCUUCUUCAGCAACUGUUGCCCAAGUUCAAAAGGAAAGCAAAUAAAGAACUUGAGGAGAAGAACAGAAUGCUGCAAGAGGAUCCUGUUUUGUUUCAGCUCUAUAAAGACCUUGUUGUGAGCCAAGUAAUCAGUGCUGAAGAAUUCUGGGCCAACCGUCUAAGCCUGAAUGCAGGGGAUAAUUCUGCAGCACCUAGUAAGCAGGAUGUGGGCAUCUCUGCAGCAUUUCUGGCUGAUGUAAGGCCUCAAACCGAUGGCUGCAAUGGUCUGAGGUACAAUUUAACUUCAGAUAUCAUUGAAUCCAUAUUUCGAACAUAUCCUGCAGUAAAAAUGAAAUACGCAGAAAAUGUUCCACACAACAUGACUGAGAGGGAAUUCUGGACACGAUUUUUUCAGUCCCAUUAUUUCCAUCGGGACAGGCUCAAUACAGGCUCAAAAGACCUCUUUGCAGAAUGUGCCAAACUGGAUGAAAAAGGGUUAAAAACGAUGGUGUCUCAAGGAGUAAAAAACCCCCUGAUAGACUUAACAGCUUUGGAAGAUAAAACAUUAGAUGAAGGCUAUGGUGUUGCUUCUGUGGCCUCCACAUCAAAUGCCUCAAAAUCUGCUAGAGAAAGUAGCAACGCUGCCAUUAUAAAACGCUUUAAUCAUCAUAGUGCCAUGGUCCUUGCAGCUGGCCUCAGGAAACAAGAAGCACAAAAUGACCAUUACAGUGAGACCAGCAGUACGGAUGGAAACUCCAGGGAUUCAGAUCUCUUUCAGCCACCACUGAAAAAGGUGAAACUGCAGGAGUCCAUUGAAUAUGAAGAUUUAUCAAAGAAUAAUAAUGUUAAAACUAUUGCACUAAACUUAAAGAAGUCUGAUAGGUAUUAUCAUGGUCCAACUCCAAUUCAAUCACAGCAAUAUGCAACCAGUCAGGAUAUAAUUAAUUCUUUUCAUAGUAUUAGGCAAGAAAUGGAAGCAUAUGUACCCAAACUAACUCAGGUUCUUUCAAGUGCUGAUGCUGCUAGCACUAUUGCAGUCCUGUCACCUGGAGGAGCACUUAUGCAGGGUGGAACACAGCAAGCCAUAAACCAGAUGGUGCCAAAUGACGUUCAGUCUGAACUAAAACACUUGUACGUGGCAGCAGGGGAACUGCUGCGACACUUCUGGUCCUGCUUUCCUGUUAACACGCCAUUCCUAGAAGAGAAGGUUGUGAAAAUGAGGAACAACUUGGAAAGAUUUCAGGUUACAAAGCUCUGCCCAUUCCAAGAAAAGAUUCGGAGACAGUAUUUAAGCACAAAUUUGGUAAGUCAUAUAGAAGAGAUGCUGCAGACGGCCUACAAUAAGUUCCAUACGUGGCAGUCCCGGCGGAUGCUGAAGAAGACGUGAGGACACACGCCGGCCAGGGCGGGGAGAAACAUCUGCAGUAGGGGUAGGAGUGCAACCUAGGACACGUGCAGAUCUUAGAGCUGUUGCAGGAAAACCUGCAAGCUGUGGACUUCUGGAAACGAUGCUAACUGAACUUGCACAUUUUUGAAAAAGAACUGAAAUUAAACUUGAAAACUAGGGAGAAAAUCAAGGAAGAACCAAAACAGAAGAGCUGAGGCGCAAAAAUAUUUAAAAGACACUGUUUACUGCAGUUACUCAGGAACUGCUUUUGAUUUGCAUAAAGAGCUGCUUUCAGAAAUAAAAAAUUUAAAGAGGGUGUAUUAAUAAAA